AUGAGGUGUUUAGCUCCAAAGUUAUUCCAAACUAAUGGGAUAAUGUGUAAAUAUUAUUCCGUAAUCAUUGUAUUUUUGUUCGGAGCUCUGUCUAGUAUUUUUUUUAAUAAAUACUGGAACUACAUACAAUACAUUGAUGAUCAAACCAGACAUCUAAUUGUACAUCGUCCGUUUUCUAUUAUUGAUUUUGAUGAUCAUGAAUAUGUUGAUUCAAAUCAAGAUGCUCACGAACUAAUCAUCAGAGAAACAGAUGUGCAUGUUGUGUCUGAUCAAGAUAAUUUGGAAGCAUUAAUGUCACUGAUUGCUGCCAACGAAAUGAAAUCAAUGGGUAAAGGUGAAAAAGCAUUGAAACUUAUCGAACAUGGUAUUGCUCUUGCUCCGAAAAAUCCUGAUUUGUUAAAUGGUUAUGGUGAACUUAUUGAAACACUUCGAAAUGACAUUUUAACAGCCGAUCAGAUGUAUUAUCAGGCACUUAUAUAUAGUCCAAAACAUAAAGAAGCAUUAAUCAAUCGUAAGAGAACUCAAAUUAUUGUUGAUGAUUUAGAUUGGCAACAGCUUAAGCGUAUUGAUGAAAAAAGAGAUAAAAUGGCUUUAAUUUCAGAUUCUAAUAUGGCCUUUAGAAGAGCAAAAAAAGAAGCAUAUUUUCAGCACAUUUAUCAUACUGUUGGCAUUGAAGGAAAUAGAAUGUCUUUAUCAGAAACUAGAUCUAUUUUAGAAACUAGAAUGGCCAUUGGUGGUAGAAGUAUUGCUGAACACAAUGAGAUAAUAGGUCUAGAAGCAGCUCUUAAAUAUAUAAAUGCAACAUUAAUCAAUCGACUUGGUAGUAUAUCUGUUGAAGAUAUUUUGGAAAUUCAUAAACGAGUAAUGGGAUUUGUUGAUCCUUUAGAAAGUGGAGUUUUUCGUCAAACGCAAGUAUUUGUUGGUGGCCAUGUUCCUCCAGGUCCGUCUCAUAUUGGAACGUUAAUGGAAAAUUUUUCUUUAUGGCUCAAUUCUGAAUCUACUCUCAGACUACAUCCCGUAAGAUUUGCAGCUCUGGCACAUUACAAAUUAGUACAUAUACAUCCAUUUACUGAUGGUAAUGGACGAACUUCACGUUUGCUGAUGAAUAUGAUUUUAAUGCAAGCUGGUUAUCCACCAGUUAUUAUACCAAAAGGAGAAAGACAUAAGUAUUAUCGAACUUUAGAAUUUGCAAAUAAGGGAGACAUUAGACCAUUUUUAAGGUUCAUUGCUGAAUGCACUGAAAGAACAUUAAAUCAAUUUUUGUUGUCAACUACAACAGAAUUUUCAACUGACAUUCCAGAACUAGAUUAUGAUAAUAUUAUCAUAAAUGAAUCUUAAUUAAGUUCCAAGUCUGAAAAUGUGUUAGUCACAAAGUGUAUUCGAAAAAGUAAAAUUAGUGUAUAGUUAUAUUUACACUAAACUUAAAAGUCACUUAUCUGUAUAUUUUAUGAUAUAUAUUUUUAAUUUCAAUAUAACUUUAUGUAUAAAGUCAUUAAUGACUCAAUCAUUAGUUAAACCUACAAUUUUAAAU